UGGAUGAAAUUAGUUAAGUCCAACAUAAUUCAGAUUAGAAAACACGUCAUCCCAAAUCCCAUCACACGUAAAUGAUCGCUGAUUGCAGUGGAAGGGGAAACAAGGCAAUUUCCUUAAGUUUGAGAAAAAAAAGAAAAAAGAAUAGUAUUUCAUUAUGACAGAAGAAGAGUGCAUGGUGACGCACAUGCCACAUCAUGUGCAACAAAAAUUGUGUCGAACUAGACCACUUUACAGACAAGGAAAAAAGUUGACAGCAGUCAAGGUUUACACAAUUAACGAUGAAUCGCAGCAUUUGUUAAUAUGCGGAGUACCACAAUUACAAAUAGUGGAAGAGGUGAAAAAACUCAUUUAUCCAUAUGGAAAUGUAAAAGCAAUUCAGUUAGUAACUGAAUAUCCUUCGGAGGAUUUUACAGAGACGUAUCAUAUACAUUAUGCACAUAUUCAGAGUGCAAGAAUAGCGAAACGUUCGAUUGACAAUAAAAACUUCUUUGGUGGAAUUUUACAUGUUUGUUAUGCUCCCGAGUUGGAAACUCUAGAGGAGACGAGAGCAAAACUCAUACAACGCCGUAAAGAUAUAGCGACACAAAUAAAAAGACUUCAACAGGAGUCAGUUAAUCCGAAAAUAGAUAAAUUUAUCCCAAGAGAGCAGUAUCAUAGAAAAAAGAAAACCCCUGCUUUGCCUCUUACCGAAGAACGGAUCAAACAUUGUUAUCCUGGAGAAACAUUAUCUUCUAUUUGUAAUGGAAUACCUCAGAGCAUAGAUCCACGACCUGUAUCAGAGCCCCGUUUAUCAAUAAAUUGGAAGAAUGAUUUUAACAAUGACACUGCAUCUAGUUCAGAAACAUAUCCAGCACCGUAUCAAUCGACCGAAUCAAUAAUACAGGCGGGAAUUCAGCAAGUAAAUAGAAAUCUCGAAUCGAACGUGCAUAAACGGAAAAAUUAUAGAGGACGCAAUAUCGAUAACAGGAUCAAAGUUAUUCGACCACGAUUGAUAGAUACUAGAAAUAUUGCGAAAUCAAAUUUCACAGAAAAAACGAAUGUAUUUUGUAACGUAAAAAAAAUAGAAGGUGGGAUCACAAUUAAAUUAUUGGACAAGUCUAAUAACGAGAAAAAGAAAAUAAUUAUAAAAAAUCCAAGUGUAACAUCCUUGGUACAAUCAAGCAAAGAUCUUCAAUCUUCAAUUCAAGCGGCAAAAGCUCAAAUUCGUACGUUAAUGCAGAAACAUAAUACUUAAAUAUUGAAUGUUAUUGUGAAAAUCAUUUAUUUUAGAUGCUUUAUUUAUUAUACAAUAUAUUUAUUUCGAAAGAAGUGCAUUCUGCGUUAAGGGCCACUAAUUAAUGAAUAAACUUAAUAAAGUAACUAAAAAAUGUA